CCAGCGACGCCCAGCGACGCCCAGCGACGCCCCAGCCCAGCGCGGCAGCGCGCCGUCCCAGGAAUUAGUGCAUUGUUAGUGGUGCGAGCGAGCGGUCGGUGCGGUCGGAACCGAAUCCAAGUGACCAGUGUGAGUGCAGUGCAGUGCAGUGCAGUGAAAAGUGCGUUUGUGCCGGCCCGCGCCAGGAUGGCUCGACGGGGACCCCAGGCCGCCUUGUGAGGUGUGCUUCCUUCGCCGUCGUCCAGCGCGCCGCGUGGGAUCAUGACGUCCAAGUUCAUCAUCGAUAGCAUGCUCCCCAAGUACCACCAGCAGUUCCAGCAGCACCACAGUCAGUUAGGCCUCCUGAACCCCGUCAUCACCUCGUCGUCCACCGACUCGUCCAGCCUUGGCUCCGUUGUCAACUACUCGUCCACGUCGUCGUCCUCCUCGCCGCCGCCCAGUGCCGCCCUCGUCAGCUCCAGGAUGUACCCGUACGUGUCGGCCGCGGCCGCGCACCACCACCACCAGCAGCAGGCCGUGGCGGCGGCCGCCUUCGGCGCCUCCUCCAUGGUGCCGGCCAGCUUCACCUCCUCGUCGACGGCCGCCCUGGCCGCGGCCGUGGACGCCGCCUCGGCGGCCGACAAGUCUUGCCGGUACACGGCCGCCCUCACCGGCAACGUGGGCACCCCCGACUCCAUGGUCAACUAUGCGUUAAGUCAUCAGAAUGGCUCCUCGGUGUCGGCGAACUCGGUGUCCGCGGCCUCGGCGUCCAUGGCGGCGGCCGCGCAGUUCUACCACCAGGCCGCCGCGGCCUCUGCAGCUGCCGACCCUCUCAACAGCUGCUCGCAGCCGGGGGCGGCGGCAACCCAGCCCCUCCCGGACAUCCCGCGCUACCCCUGGAUGUCCAUCACAGACUGGAUGAGCCCCUUCGACCGAGUCGUAUGUGGUGGACCGACGGCCAGACAGACACCUGGUCUUGCGGACAUCUAUGGGGAUUUUAUUAGAGGUCCAAACGGAUGCCCUCGGCGCAGAGGUCGACAAACCUACACUCGCUUCCAAACGCUAGAAUUGGAAAAGGAGUUCCACUUCAACCAUUACCUUACGCGGCGGCGGCGUAUAGAGAUCGCCCACGCACUUUGUCUAACGGAAAGGCAAAUUAAAAUUUGGUUCCAAAACCGACGAAUGAAGCUCAAGAAAGAACUUAGAGCGGUCAAGGAGAUCAACGAGCAAGCAAGAAGGGAGCGGGAAGAACAGGAGCGGCUGAAGCAGCAGCAACAAGAAAAACAGGCGAAACUUGAACAGCCCCAGCAGCAGCAACAACAGCAGCAACAACAACACCAUUCUAGUCACCACCACAUUCAACAGCAAGCCCAGCAUGACCAUAGCAAGCUGCUUGGGGGACUUGGGGACAAAAUGGGAGUUCCGGGAGCAGAUCUCCUCAAAGCAGUGAGCAAAGUGCCCACAUAGAAACUCAGUUAUCCCUUAUGCCUAAACAAAUACGUAAAAUUAUUCAUAAUAUUAUUGCUGUAAGUCCUAUCAUGACGUAAGAGAAGUUGCCCUUCUACACGCAACGUGUUUGUAAAUAUCACCCUCUUUACGUCCCGUGUUCGAAAGUGACAUAUUUUCAACGGUUGCCCCACAGAAAGUAAAUACACUGCGAGUGUUUUGCUAACGUAAAGCGGGUCCAAACUCUUGCCUUUACCCUAUACGUAACUAUUUUGAUGCUGGCCUAAAUUAUGGUGAGGGGGUCUUAUACUACCCUGCAAACCGAUCUUCUUUCUUGGUUAAGAGAUUUUCGAAAUUUCCAUAGGUCCUCUAAAAGAGGCUAACUCAUUUAUUUUCGCACGAAAUCAUCUAAAAAAGAGAAACUGUUGGCAGGCAGCCACAUGCAAUGUGAUGAAGGGGAACCGAUUGUGAAGUCGCGAACACUCUAAAGAAUACUUUACAAAUGCCAUUUAUUGUUACCUGAAAUAAAAAAGAAUUGUGUACUCUUAGCAGCCCUAGGUAAAAUUUUCGAUACGUAAACUUAUGCCGCAUUUUCCUGUGGAGCAUUCCCAGCAUUUUGUUUCAAAAAACCUUAAUCAGGCGUGAAGUUAGCGUCUUGCAACUAAGCAUUUCCUUCGUGCAAUCUUUUUUGAUAUGUAAGUGAGAGCAUGUGUGCGUGCGUAUGUGUAUUUCUGUAUUGUAGUAAGAAUUUGUGACCAUGCUAUAGAGCGUGGUGUGACAUGAUGCUCCAGAUCACUGCUGACCUUUAGGUCUGCGUAAAUAGCUGAGAGACACUCUUGUUGCUAACUUGUUUUAUGAUGUGAUUUUAAUACGUAUUUUGUUACUUGUUAUUUUUAAAUAUUUUUUUGUCUUUUUUUUUGGUUAUGAAUAUAACUAUGGAUCAGUCUAGAAUUUGAUACUAACUGCCAUUAUUAAUUUACGGAGAACUUAUUAUUUCUUAUGAGUUAUUGUUAGUAAAGAGUGAAUAUUUAAAUGUUUUGAGCGCAUCUUUCUCUUUGGAAGCUCAUUUUCAUAUGUCAUACCCAGUAUGUUUGUUUAAAUUUCGUGCAAGCUGAUUGUGCUCCGUUUUGAUUGCUGGAAUAUGUUGCAGAUUAAAAUAUAUGUUUUGUUUCUUUGUCAUUGGACCGUUUUUCGUUGUUUUGUGAUUCUUGUGUAGGCCAAGUUGAUCAUUUAACUACCUAAAAUAGAUUUUAAGGUCGUGUAAGUUUCCAAGCUCAUUCGAAUUUUCUUGCCAUGGAGCCUUCUCUUUUUAAAAUACAUUCCUUUUCAAUUCCGAGGCUCUUUUGAAAAUUUUCAAGUGUGCAAAAGGGCGGCUUGAGAAUGCAUGUGCCAAUUUCUAGUAAAAGUUUCUUGUAAGUAAAUGGAAACUUUAAGUUUCCCGUGCAACCCUUGCAAAGAUGCAUUGCGUAAAAUUUAUCACGUGGAAUAGCUAGGGCAACAUGGCAAGAAAUUUCACACGAGCGACUGUGCUCCGCAAUGUAUCCAUUAUCUAUUAGGUUUUCAAGUAUGACUUAGUUACAUUUGUGUCUCAGUAAGAGUCCACCUACUCCGCUCUGACAAACUAAAAGUCCAAAAUUGUCGUUGUGAUUGUUCCUUUAACUUUAGGCAAUGUUACACAAAAAGGCGAAUAUAACUAUUUCUUUGUGCCAAUGUAAUUAUUAUCUCCAUAAUUCCUAUGAAUUCAAGAGCUUUUUCGUUGUCGCAAUACUUUUAACACAUUGUGAUAAAACGUCCGAAGUAAAGGUCAAUGAAAGCACUUGUCUGGUAUUAAAUGAUCUACAAUAUAUGGAGAGCGUACCAGGCACACCUAGAACGGUUUUACUUAAGUUGGCACCUUUGCUGUUAAAUCAGGCCUUCUAGGUAUAAUGAACUUUGCUGUAAACUGUCCAUUCAUAAACCAACUAUGGAGGCAAAAUGCCGAGUUGACAAAGUGAUAUAUGAGUAGCAAAUUAUACGUAAUUUGGUGUCAGGGUAGGACCUUUCCUAGAAAUAGAACAAAAACUAGAAUAAAUAAUUUAUAAUUAAUUGCAAUGCAUCAAGAAACGUUAAUUUACUUCUUCGUAGAGGCUUUGAUCUCUGUUUUAUAUUUAUAUUGUUUCUCUUUCUGUUAGAUAUUCAUUUAUGUAGCACAAAAUGAAAUUAACGUUAUAGUACAAUCUACCCUGAAAACCUUCUUGCUGAAUUUCCUUUGGAAGCGAUUAUCCCAUACUACUCGCUUUAACGCCCUGAUUAUUCUAGUGCGGACUGGUUAACAUGUACUAAAUGUGUCUCGUAGCGGACUCACGCGCCAUUUUUAUCGUCAGUCCUUUCUUUUGAUACGGCUGUCGACAAUGCGGUCUUUUCAUGAAAUUGUUGUUUCUCUAUUUUGAUGCGAAAAACUUUCCAAGGUGGCUACACCGACUUUGUCUAUUACGCGGAUACAUGACUGAUUAGAAAUGCUAUAACCUGUGCUGAGGUGCGCUUCCCUGGUUUGGGGAGUUUUGUGGACAGUAUUUUCUCAUUUUGUUGGUUUUGCAUAAUGAUUUUAUUUGUGAUAUAGCGAGUAGGUUCAACGCCAAAACUUGCAACACAGCUCCUUAUCUUCUUUUGAAAAACGUAUUAUUGUAAUGAAAAAGACGAAAUAGAGUGUGUUCUUUUUUCGAGGCUUCACGUACCGGUAGUAAUCCAUGCGACACGUGUAGUCAUUCUUUUCGGCAACUGUUAAUAGUUUAUUUAGACAUUACACACCAAGGGGCGUUGUGCUUUAAGUUUUGUGUUUGUUAAAUCAGUGUGAUGUGUCUCUUAUGUAUUUUUAUGUUUUAUGAGUGGUGCAGUUCAAUAUAUCUUUCGAUGCAAAAAUGUUUCUUAUGUUUAGUUUGGAAAAUUAAUGCAUUGAUGUUAUGUCAUGGAAAUACAGUGAAGAAGUAAACGAGACAUUAGCUUUAGUCGACUUUUUGUGUAAAUAAAGAAUUUAUAAACUUCAGAA